UUGUCAAACGCUACAGUCAAACAACCAUGGUACAAAAGUUGAUCAUUCUCAGCGCUUUGGUAGCCGCCGCUUCCGCCGUUGCCGUACUGCCAGGACCGGUAUAUCCUGGUCUUGCAGGAAUACAUGGACUUCCCGGGCUGCCCGCAUUGUCUCCACUGCCAGCCCUACCUGCACUGCCAGCCUUGACGAAAAUUGCAGCACCUGUGCUGCCUGCCAUUACCAAGAUUGCGGCACCCCUUGCCGUCGCAAAAGUGGCGGUGCCCGAGCCAUAUGAUCCCAAUCCACAAUACAGUUUCAGCUAUGAUGUUCAUGAUGGUACAACUGGCGAUGUGAAGAAUCAACAGGAAGUACGAAGUGGUGAUGUUGUACAGGGCGCCUACUCUCUAAUUGAACCCGAUGGCACACGACGUAUCGUCGAAUACACCGCCGACCCAGUGCACGGAUUCAACGCAAUCGUUCGCCGUGAACCAAUCGCUGUUAAGGCGGUUGCACCAAUUGCCAAAGUACUCGCCCCAGCACCGCUGUUGCACGCUCCUGUCAUAGCGAAGGCCAUCCCAGCUAUAUCGGCAUUGCCUGCUUUACCCGCUCUACCAGGGCUUGCUCUUCCUGGACCUCUUUCGCCCUACCACGGCUAAGCGAAGGCAAUGAUAAUAGCAUAUCGUCAACAAUUAAGAAAGAAAUUCAUACUUAGUCAAUUCACAUACUAUAAGAAAAUGUGAAAUAUUGCCGUUGCCGACCUCUUGCCGCUGCCAUCGCCCAUGAAUGAAUGACAACAUAAUUAGUCCUCUGCAAGCCAACAAACAAUCAAUCAUUAACCCACAAAGGCAGGUAUUCGAUGCCGUUGCAGUGUAACUGUGCCUCUACAUUUUAAACUCAGUCUACUUAGUUUUGAAGUCGAAAACUAGCCGAUUUCGCCGGAUUGAAGAGUUCAUGUACAGUAGCAGACAAUUCUACUGAAUGCAUAUUAAUAAGUAUCAUCAUUGGAAAUGUAGUAGUAAUUUACACAUACACUCGUACUCACCAAACAACGCACUUCGAAUUUCAACUUCGGCUACUCUCUGUUCUCUAGAGUUUCUAUGCGAAAGGACAAUGACAAUUCACAACACAAACGACAUACGACAAACAACUUACUUCUUACUUAUGUUAUUUCGUUGGCUUGCUGUUUAUCUCUAUAAAUAUUUGUAUAUGUCUUGCAUAUCUCAAUAUUUUAUAACUACACAUUCACGCGCUUUACCAUGCUCUUCAUAUUACUCCUAUAUUCGUUAUUCGUUACAACUCUCGUUUUUUAUUAGUUAUUUUAAGGCUGUUUGACCGCGAUAAAUACCUACAUUACAAUUAUUGUAUGUUAAUACUCAUAUGUAAACCGAAUAAAGUGUAUCAAAGUAUGCAAUUUAAAAAAACACAAA